AUGACAGAAUUCCUUCAACAGAAUUUUCGACCGCCGCAAGGAGAUUCAAAUAGAAGAGUCCAAGUUGGGUGCCCCUAUGAGCGCUUCCUAACGCAUAGGACUCCUGCCUUUACCGGAGAGGUGGACCCAAUGCGAGCUAGGAGGUGGAUUCAAGAUUUGGAAAGAACAUUUGAAGUUUGUGGAUGCACUGAGGCCCAGAUGGUAUUAUAUGGAAGCUAUAUGCUGCAAGGUGAAGCGGCAAAUUGGUGGGAGACCAAGCGGAUACUCUUAGAAAUGGAGUUGGGAUCCUUGGCUGCUGUGUCUUGGCAGCGUUUCAAGAAAGAGUUUGAUGACCGAUUCUUCCCUGUUUCGAUGAGACGACAAAAGGUUCAGGAGUUCAAUAAUUUGGUUCAAGGAGACAUGACUGUCGAGCAAUAUGCAAGGAAAUUUAUGGAUCUUGGACGGUUCGCUCCUCACCUCAUUGCUACUGAGGAGUUGAGGGUCGAGCGUUUCCAGGAGGGUCUGCGCCAUGAGAUAUGUAGACAAGUGGCCUACCUUCGGAUUAAGGACUUUCAGGAGUUAGUGGAUUUGGCCAGCAUUGUAGAGCGGGAAAAUAGUUUUGGAGUAGGCUCCCCUCCGGGUCAAAAGAGGUAG